UGCUUUACCUUUCUUUUUUCUUUUUUUCUAUUAUUUUCUCUUUUUUUACAACCUGCACAAUUCCUCCACGCACACAUACAUUUCUUUAACCAGCUCUCAAAUGUCUGCCGGCCGUGAAGUUCCGCUGCGGCUAUCCGCCAACAGCAACAAUACCAACACCAACACCAGCACCAGCACCAAUACUAACACCAACGGCACCACCACCACCAACACCAGCAGCAAUAACGCCAGCGCUGGUGGCAAUACAGACACGGUGGAUGCCAACAAGCUACACAUGCUGGUUUACUCAUUUUUGCUGCAAAACAACUGCGGCGGCACAGCCAAAGCCUUUGCCCAUACGAGCGGCCUGGCCACCUCCGGGUACCUGACAUCGGACAGCACCCCGACAUACCUGACAUCGUUCGACCAUGUUUCUUCUGCGGAGAAGGCAAAUCUGGACCCCGCGGUGUGUGGCAGGAAGGACUCUGGGACGAUAGUGACAAAAGGUGACCCGAUACCCGAGCAGCAGCUGCUGCUGGUUGGUGAGAACCAAGUUGACCGUGCGAAUAAACUCGUCGACCACCACAUCGAGUACUUGCAUAUCCGCCAAAUGAUUUGCUCGAGCAUUGAAGCCGGCGAGCCCAAGAUGGCGCUCGACCUCUUGUCAACUUAUUUCCCCACAGUCUUCGCACCCUCAUCUUCAUCCUCCCGAAAUGCCUUGCCCUUUUCUCCCGAAUAUACCGCCACGCUGCUUCGUUUCCGGCUCGACACACAAUGCUAUAUUGAAUUAAUAGCCAACCACAAAGAGCUCGAAGCCCUCAAGUUUGGCCAACGCACGCUCUGGCAGUACCCGGAUAUUUUCGACUCCUGGCUCAGUCAAUGUCUUCAGCAGCCGCAUCCCAACAUGAUUCUGCGCGAUGAGAUUAAGAGGAAACGCGCAGAAGUCAUGCAGCAGAUCACCAAUGUUGCUGCACUCGUUGCGUACCCAGAUCCAACGAAAUGCUCCCUGGCGUAUUUGCUUGAACAAGACAGGCGGAGUGAGUUAGCUAGGGAGGUUAAUGAUGCUAUUCUGGCCAGUAUGCAGUAUCCGAGGGAGCCCGCUUUGGUUACACUGGUCAGGCAGUUGGCCACGACCAGUGCGUAUUUGGUUGGGUGCCGCUCGUCAUUGUCAUUGUCUGCUGCCGGGGCCGCUUUGGCUGCUGGGGGCGCAAAGGGAGCGGAGACUGGGAAGCACGAGCCCUGGGUGCUGGACACGUUCGUCAACUCGGAUGUGCAAGGUGACGAUAUUCUCCAUUGAAAUGAACUGCCGAGCUUGUUUAUCGGUAACGGAAAACUGCAGUUGUCUUCCUUUUUAGUACUUUAUUCAAUUUGAAUGUAUUUUUUCUUUGUUUUUAUCUUA